UUACGUAGUACCCAUAAUAAUCCCGGUUAGGUUGGGCAUGACGGUAGCUCGGCUAAUGUUCUUUGCUCUUCGAUUCUUUUACACGAGGAUCUCUCGUUCGCUAACCGCAAACUGAAUUUUUGGUCGCUUUUCGUAAGCACCGAUAGCUAAUUCUUGUAUAUGGCUUCUAUUGAAGAGCUCGACCAGCUGGACAGCGGUAUGGGGAGUAGCGACAUUCGGUCUCCUGAAGUGAAAUCAAUCCUGCCUGACGACGACGACGACGAAGAAGAUGAAACCUUGGCUGAAAGGUUAGUAGGUUUGGCUGAGAUGUUUCCAGAGGAUGUGCGUAAAUUGGGCCAUGCAACAGGGACCUGUCUUUGUGCUUGCAUCAAAGGACUCUAUGCAUUCUCUUGCACAGCAACCUGGCUGUUCUUUAGCUCAUCCGCAAUUCUCUUUGCUCCAAUAAUAUUUGAGAUGGAGCGAGCGCAAAUGGAAGAAAUGCAACGUACUCAACAGAAACAAGUAUUGCUUGGGCCAAGUUCUGCGAUUUCAAAUGUUGGUCCAUCAGGUCUGCCAAUGUCACCACCAUUGCAACGAUAACUGGCCACUUCUUGACUUGGUCAUCCUGAACUCAGCUAGCGUUCAAUCAAUGAUUUUUAAUUAAAAACCAAUUUGGCGCUAAUCAUUCAAAUUGAACGUGCAAUCCCCCACAUUAAACUUAGACAAGUUCAGUCCAAGUUUUUUUUAAAGUUUUCUAGAGGGAAACAGUGACUUGCAUUUUCAAAUGGAAGGAGAAUCCUUUCUUUCUCUUUCUCUUCCGAUCUCAUUGUCACAAUCUGACUAUGAUCUAAAUCUAUCUCUUCUCAUCCGCAUCUAACACCCUGUGUUUCUACUGUGUCGAAUUUUUUUGUUGUACUACUGUUAGAAGGAUAAAUAAACUGUUAGUGAAUUAAA